UUGGCGACGCGCGAAGUGAGAGCGAACGGCGUGCGUGAGGUGGCCGAAGUAAAGCGCGGCAAUGGAGACCCUCGAAUCGAGCCGCGUGUGCCGCCUCUGCGGCCAGCAGUCUGGUAUUUCCAUCAAUAUCUUUGACAAGAAAGAGAACCAUGUCAGGAAAAUCAACGCCGUGCUGCCCAUCAUGGUGCACGAAAUGGACUUACUGCCGAAGCAGAUGUGUCAUCGAUGUAGCUACAAGUUGGAGGAGUUCCAUAAGUUUUAUAUAGACUGUCUGAAGACGGAUGCGGCACUCAAGAGUCAACUUUCGUGGAUGCGUAAGGAUCGCGACAAGGAAAAAGUUGGCGUGCCGAUGGUGCACAUCGAAAACAUGAAGAUCAAGACGGAACCGCUUGACUACGACGUAUACGAGCUCGAACCUUUGGUGGAGAACAUCGAGUACAUCAACUCGAUGGCGUUUCCGGCCGGCAACAUUCACAAUGGACACACACUGACGUAUACGGCAUUCCCGCGCUGCCAAUGUUGCUGUGAUAAGAAGGACCAAAGCAAAUCUCAGAGAACCGCAGCGCAACUCCGGCGGGAUUAUGAAGAAUCUAAACAAGGAAGAAUGACGGACGACUUACGGAAAAAGAGUUUUGUUUCGCAGGAAUCGAGUGCUGCCAGAAUAAGAAGGCCGAUAAAAAGGAAAGCGGAGUUCUUAGAUUGCCCACGAAGUCACCAGUCGCGCAUUGACGAGAACGUGCAAGACCGCUUGACGGUUACUACAAACACCAAGAAUAAUGUCUCGUCCUUUGAAACGCGAAACUGUUCUCGUAGCAGGUUUAACAAAGCAGUUUCUGAAAACCAGACAGCUUCCACGAGCACAACAGUACGAAAUUUGAGACCCCGAAAAAAUCUGAACUUCUUGUCAAGUAAGAAGAAAAGCGUGAGCGAUAAGUCGAGAUCGUCGGUAACGGCAAAGCCAAACACACUCAAGCCAAAAAAAACGAUUACAUCGGACUACGAACCAAUGCGACAUAUUAAGGUAGAACCAAUGAACGAAUACGAAAAGCGCAACUUACGACCGAGAAGAAACGUUGUGGAUUAUAAAGAGUCGAGAUUUGAUCGCGUCAAAAGGCGCAAAGUUGACGAUACGGAAUCGAAAUUACAAUUGAAGAACGAGAACAUAUCUAAUGCAAUGAAAGUUACGAUAAAACAAGAAAGUCCGGAUUUGGAAGGUACCGUGUCUUCGAGCGAAACGUUUAAGGUAGCGACAUCGUCAUCACGGAAUAAAUACCGAGAUAUCACUCCUUUAACUCCGCGGAUCAAACUCAGUAACAAUCUACGAAAUGCAGUAAUGGAUUAUCUCAAACUGGUCGAACAGAAAACGCUGUCCAACAUCGUCAACAAUAAUCUAACAAAAACGAAGAAGAAAAAUAAUCGGUUUCCUGCAGCAAACUGUACGCCGAAGAGUCUGAGGAGUCAAAAUACCCACUUGCGAAACGGUAAAGUAAGGGGAAACAAUUAUGCGGAGUGGUCGGAGAAGAAGCUGCAAACGAAGAGACUGAUGGAUGUGGUUAACAACGAUGUGAAGAAGAUACGAGAGUCGGCGAUGCUGAAGCUGGCCGAGAGUAUCAAACACUACUGCGAGAAGUGCAACGUCACCUUCUUGAAUAAAGAAGUGUUCAAUCUGCACGCAUGCUACUACUAGUGAGAUCACGAUCGAGAAUUUUCUUGCUACAGAAAGAUUUACGAAUCAUUGUCUAUAAGAUAUCUACGGGAUUAAGACAGCCUCUGUGAAAUAUUUCGACUACGUACAAUAUGUUCAAAGACCAUUUGAAAUGUUAGAACGUGUUUCUUGCAAUGCAACAUAAGUUAAAUUCUUUACUUAAAUUUUUAUUAUUGCAAAAAUAGGCAUAUAUAUUUGUGUCAGCGGAUUGCAUCGGUAAUUUCUGAUCAUCAGAUAUCUUACUCUCAAGGUUAAAAAAAUGCAGUUCGGAAUAUUUCGAAGAUAAGAAAAUAAUAGAUGUUUAUAUGUGCCUAUCUGUAAAAAAUUUAAUCAAAUUUUAUUUUAGUUUUCUC